CACCCCAUUGCCGCGGCCCCACUCAGAGCACCAGCCCUGGACCCGAUCCUGCUGCGUGGGCUGGGGCAGGUGGGGGGCAGCCACAUUAACCCAGCCCUUUCUCCCCUCCCCCGCAUGGCACAGGCUGCCCCCGCAUCAUCUCACGCCGACAGUGGGGGGCCCGGCCCCCGAGAAACAGGGUCCCACUGAGGACCCCAGUGCCCUACGUCAUCAUCCACCACACGGCAGGGAACCGCUGCACCUCGCAGGCCUCCUGCAGCCAGCAGGUCAGGGGCAUCCAGAACUAUCACAUGGACACCCGGCGCUGGCCCGACAUCGGCUACAACUUCCUGAUCGGCGAGGACGGCAGAGUCUACGAGGGCAGAGGCUGGAGCAGCGUGGGGGCCCACGCCUACGGCUGGAACUAUAAGUCGCUGGGAUUCAGCUUCCUGGGCAACUUCUCCAGCAGAGCCCCCAACGCUGCCGCCCUGAACGCCGCCAAGAGCCUGAUCCAAUGCGCCGUCUCCAAGGGCUUCCUGAGACGCAGCUACACCCUGACGGGGCAUCGCAACGUGAACCCAACCAGCUGCCCCGGGAACGCCCUCUACAGGGUCAUCAGCAGGUGGCCCAGGUUCAAAGGCAAACCCUGAGUCGCUGCAGCCUCGGGGAAGCCCCUGCGCCCAUCGCUGACCCCGCCUGCGGCUUCUGCCUUCUCAAGCAGCACCUCCGUACUCCAGCAGGGGGCAGCCUCGCGCUUCCCGCCCACCUGCUGCCUCCUGGGGCCCGGAGAGCAGGGAUCUGAGAGUUGGGGUUACGCUCCCGUCUCCCCUGGGCUCUGCUGCCCUCCCUCACCCCAGGGCUCAGAUUUCUAAUGGUGCCUUGGAGCCAACUGCCCCCCCCCCAUGUGGCUUUCUUCGGCAGAGGCCAGGCCUAGCCCCUCGCUCCCGCCCAGAACGGGCACGUCGGCUCAGCCCGGCUCCGCACACAGCCAGGCCCAGGGUCUGACAGCAUCCAGGGGGUGGGGCCAAUCCUCAGCCGAGCUCCGUGGCGACCUCCCUGCCAAUCCCUGGGCAGCUCAGGGAAUGUCGCCUCCAUUCCCGUGUUAAACGUCUGAGCAAUUCUCACUUCCAGAGUCAAACCCUCCUCUGCCCCCAGCCCCCUGACAUCUGCAGCGAAAUUCAUCUGGACUCCCC